AUGGACGACUCAUGGCAGGAAACAGCAUUUUCCUCUCGGCACAUGCACAACAGACAAAACCGCAACACUGGUGGCAAAGGUAGCGGCGGAAAAUCAAAACGCAACACCUUCGAUGUUCGCAAAACGUUUGGAAGUUAUACUGUUAAAUGUCCCGCAUGGCAUAAACUCUACACUUCAGAAGAUGGAGGUUCAGGUCAAGAAGCAGUGUUGGAGUUGUAUAGAUUGACGGAAUGCGGUACUGGUGUGGUGGGAGAAAUGUCGCUGCCUGGGGUGUUGAGAGCUGCGGUGCUUUUGGCAGCGAGUAGAAAGAGUUUGCAGGNNGGGAUUGUGGAGAGGUUGAAACCUGUUGAGCCAAAGCAAGAAGAAGAAGAUAAAGCCAAAGUCGACAACGAAGACGAAGAACAACCAAGCGACGAGGAGAGUGACGAAGAAGUUGAUGAAGAAUCAGAAGACGACCCCACACCCGACCGCUUCUCAACCUUCGAAAAGAACAGUUUCAGAGAGCCAAAGUUUUGGCUGCGCUGGAAUGGUGUGCUGGAGUCAAUGGCAGCAGGCGACGAGAAAGCAGAGUCAGGGCUGGGAUAUAUCAUUUUUCCGAGCAAUGACUGUCGCAAGUUCAAGGGGACAUUGAACUGUGCUACGCUGGAGUGGAAGGAUGUUGCUUUUUCUGGGCAUAAGAUUGCGCCUAGGUCGGAGUCUGAUAUACCGGUUGCAUGGGGCUCUGAUGAGGUGCCUAUGUGA